AUGACCAUCCGUACUCUUCCCAACUACUACCCAGACACACAAGAUCUUUACUCUGUAACUGUUAAUGGUGAGAAAAUCAAAAUCACUGUAACUAAGGAUGCUGCAACAGUUGAUCACUGGAUUGAACAGGUUUACAGUGAUUACAAAGAUACUUUAGAUCGCUGUAUCAACAGAAGAGAAUAUUCUACAGAAAAUUUCAUUGUUGGUCUUGAUGUGGAAUGGAAACCUGCUGCUUUUGGUUCCAAGUAUGAUACUCCGCCGGUAGCAAUAUUACAACUCUGUGUUGGUCGGAGAUGUUUGAUUUUUCAGAUCUUACGUUCUGAGAAAAUCCCUAAAUCUCUUCAUAGGUUUCUUGAAGACGAUAAUCUGAGGUUUGUUGGAGUUGGAAUUGAAGAUGUUGCGUUUAAGCUUGAAGGUGAUUUUGAUGUUUCUGUUCGGAAAGCUGUUGAUCUUGAGGAUUUGGUUGCUGAAAACUAUCGUAAUAAGGAACUUAAGACUCUUGGGUUGAUGGGAUUGGCUAAAGUUGUGUUGCGUUCUGGAGAAAUUGAAAAACCUGCAGAUGUUAGUGAGAGUAAUUGGAGUCAGAGAUACCUUACUCAAGCACAGAUUGAGUCUGCUUGUGUUGAUGCUUAUGUUUCUUUCAAGAUCGGUAAUCGUUUCCGUUUCACUUAUGGACGUUUUAAUGGCAGUCGCAGUGUUUUGGAUUGA